UGUGAGAAAACGUUAACGUCCGUUCAGUUUCUCUGUUUCGCGAUUGCUUCUAUAACACAUUUCAAAUCCUCAAAUAAAUAUACAGUUUUCAGCAUACCUUCAUCUUCAAAUUAGUGUCGAACCUUUGCGCCGGAAAAUGGAUCGGGAAUGGUCCAUCAACGACUUUGAGAUCGGAAAACCACUUGGGAAAGGCAAAUUCGGGAGAGUAUACGUUGCCAGAGAAGUCAAGAGUAAAUUUGUGGUUGCAUUGAAGGUUAUCUUUAAGGAACAACUUGAAAAGUACAAAUUUCACCAUCAACUGAGGAGGGAAAUGGAGAUACAGAUAAGUCUUAAACAUCCAAACGUCUUGCAUCUCUAUGGUUGGUUUCAUGAUUCCGAGCGUGUUUUCUUGAUUCUUGAAUAUGCUCAUAAUGGUGAACUAUACAAGGAGCUUAGCAAAAGAGGUCAUUUUUCAGAGAAGCAAGCUGCAACGUACAUUUUAAGCCUCACGGAAGCAUUGACAUAUUGUCACGAGAACCAUGUUAUUCACAGAGAUAUCAAGCCUGAAAAUUUGUUGCUUGAUCAUGAGGGUCGUCUAAAGAUUGCGGAUUUUGGUUGGUCUGUACAAUCUAAAGACAAAAGAAAAACCAUGUGUGGUACAUUGGAUUAUUUAGCUCCUGAAAUGGUAGAAAACAAAACUCAUGAUUAUGCUGUUGAUAACUGGACUCUUGGUAUCCUUUGCUAUGAGUUCCUUUAUGGUGUUCCUCCAUUUGAGGCCGAGAGUCAAGCUGAUACAUUCGAAAGGAUAAAAAAGGUUGAUUUAAGCUUCCCUCCUAGUCCUCUUGUUUCUUCAGAUGCCAAAAAUCUGAUUAGUCGGCUCCUAGUAAAAGAUUCCUCAAGAAGACUCUCACUUCAGAAGAUAAUGGAGCAUCCUUGGAUAAUCAAGAAUGCAAAUCGUAUGGGUGUAUGCUAGUAGAAUCAACUUUAGUCGCUCAUAUGUAUAAUUAUCUUCUCGAGGGAUCAAGCUGGAUUCUACAUCUGCCAUUGCAAUAUGAUAGUACAUUCAUGUGUUUUUAAGAAUUCAAAUCAUGAGCUAGAGACUUGUUGAGCAAAUGAGAAUUUGAUUAUAAUUAGAAAGAAUUGUUGUAUAGAAAGUGUGCCCAAACAUUUUUUUUUCAUCUAAGUUAAGUAUCAAUUAAAUUUAACUCA